UGUGCAUGUGCUGAGGGAGCGAGGGGCCCUCUGAGCUAAUUGGCAGGGAGAGUGACAAAGGUGGUCUGCUUCAAAAGAGAAACCCUGUUGAGAUGCUCACACUGCCGUGGAGGAGGAAGGGAGUGACGAAGUUUGAGAGUGGUGCAGACGCCUUCGUGCUUCGGACUUUACCCCUCCAUCCUGAGCUGGGAUAGUGGUGGGGGCUGCUAAUUAUCAAGAGUUUUGUUUUGGUGGCAGCACAGCACACAACUUGGGAUGAAGAUGARUUGUGAGGAGAGCAUCAUGUCAUACCUAUCACACAGUGAGGCUCACACCAGCCCUAAAGACUUGAAUGUGGUGGCCAUUCUCCAUAACUUCUGGGAGCAGAAGCAGGCAGCUCAGCUCAGUGAUCCACCUGGUGAAUCAGACCRUUUUCAUGGAAAGAUCCAGACCGAAAGCCUUCUGCUGUACGAGUCUGCACCUUCUCCUGGUCCUCCAUACAUCUGCUACGUCACACUUCCUGGAGGAAGCUGCUUUGGCAACUAUAAGGUAUGUGACACUCAAGCGGAGGCUCGCAGGGACGCUGCUCGUGUGGCUCUGAUGAACUCGCUCGUGAACGAGCUGCCUUGUCGAAGAAUCAGCUCGGACUUCAUCACACAGAGUUUGAGCCAGGCUGUCAGAGAGAGYGCUGUCUCUUUGGACGAUGCGUGUGAUUCAAGCACCAGUAUAGGAACCUACAAUCUGCUGCUCCACUCCUACAUGGGAAGGAGCAUGCUGGAGUUCCAGGAGAUGAUGACUGUUUUCCAGUUGUUGCACUGGAACGGGACACUGAAGGCUCUGAAGGAAAGGCAGUGCUCUCGACAGAGUGUGAUUUCCUAUUACUCUCAGCGGGGGCUGGAUGAGUACUUGCGAAGCAGCAUGGCUCUGGAUUGGCUGGGACGGGAGCAGAGGUCCCCAGGGUUACUUGGAGCGGAGCUGCAGGUGGCGCAGAGGGAGCUGGUCCUGGCUCGACGUCGAGGCACAGAGCUGCGCUUCUACAAGGAAAAAACAGAGAUCCUUAGCUUGGCUCUGAGCCAAGCAUAUGUUCACCACCCACCUGAUGUCUUUGACCAGUCGCCAAGUUACACAAGCCAGCAAGAACAGCUUCCUUUACACAUAAUAUACAACCAGGAUGCARAGAUCCACAUGUCCUCUUCCUGCGGUCUUUCAUCAACUCUUCAUAACGACACAACACAGUGUUUUAACACAGAGUUGCCCCGUAGAAGCCCUUCACCGUGUUCACACAUCUUUAUGCCUUUAAAUAACUUUGAAUAAAUUGAUGAAAAGAUUAUAAACAAAAUCAUAAAAUGUAGUUAUAAAUGUUUCCGUUUGAGAUGAUGUGGCAGUUGCAGAAAACAGAACAUAUUUGUGGUCAGUGGGUUGUAAAUGUUUGAGUUUGAUAAUACCAGGAACGGGUUUCGACACUAUAGGUGUUUAACAUGUUACAAUUUUUAUAAAACUACAUUUUUUAUGAAAACAAAACCUAAUAGAUCUAAUGUUUGUACCUUGCAACUCUAAACAAAACUGCUACAGUUCAGUUUAAUCAAACCCUCAAAAUGUGUUAAUACUUUAAAACUAAGUUUUUCUAAGAGGAAUGCUUUUGUUGUUGCUGUAAUGCAUUUUUUUAGCUCAGUUCUGUUGUGUUUUAUGAAUAUAUAAUGUAGAGUUUGAAAUUUAUUAACUUUUGUCUGUUUGUUAUUUAACCCUUUCUGCAUUCCAGUGCUUUUCCCUUCUUGUUCACGCAGUUCCUCCAUGUGUAGCUUGUAAGUUUUCUUUUAUACUAAAACUCACUACAUUAAUGUAAGGUAAUUUGUAUUUUUUUAAAGUGUCUCAUGUUGUUCAAUGAACAGCUUAUUUGAAAUGCUGAGUUGUGUUACUUUUACAAUAAACCAGGCAUAAAAGCUAA